AUGGGAUAUGACACUCUCCCAGUUUUACUACUUCCGGUAUACACCCGUGUUCAAGGACUUCUUCGUCCCACCAGCACCACUUCAUCCCCCAUAGCUGUCCAAGAGGAUGAACAACAGCACAUUCUGGAAUUCAUCACUUCUUCAUGGUCUGAUAAUGCACACAUGUCCUUAUGCAUCUCUGGUACACCUGGAACUGGCAAGACCACGCUUGUCAACUCUGUCCUGUGUUUAUUGGAGGCGUCUGAGGGCAUGUCCAACCGGAGAGUGAUAUCUAUUAAUUGCAUGGCCUUGACUGGGGUCAAUGCCCUCUGGGAUCAUCUUUGUGAAGAGUUGUCCCACACAAGCACUUCUAAGAAUGGUGCAAAACCUUGCAAAGCCAAGGGUAAUUCAAAUAAUAAGUGGUGUGUACUGUCACUACUGCUCAUCUCGUUAUCUGACCUUGGUACCAGCAUUCUCGUGCUUGAUGAACUCGAUCAUAUUGUAUCUUCAAAUCAGACACUUUCAUCAAUUUUCUCCCUCUCACAACACCUCCCAUCCACCCUCUGCAUUAUCGGGAUUGCAAACACGCAUACCCUCACAUCUUCCUUGGCACAGUUGUCUAUUUGUGAAGCUUCCAGCGCCCUCACUCUUCACUUCGGCAUGUACUCCUCCCAGCAACUUCUUCAGGUGCUGCAAGCACGUCUGUCACCUCUCUAUGAUACUCUAGAAUGCCCACAAGCAACAGAGCAAGUCAAAAAGUUUCUUCCUACUUCAACCUUGACUCUCCUCAUGAAGAAAAUUGCAUCACAAACUGGUGAUGUUCGAGCAUUGUUGUUCGAGGUCCUUUGGGGCACAAUAGACCUGGCCGUCACAGGUUCAAAGGUCCAAGAUGCAGAUACAAAUCCUCUUGCCACUCCACCUCUCAUUGUUAAACCGGAUCACAUUCUUGCGGCCCUGAAGGUGUAUCUACCUUUCACUGGCAGUGGUUGCUCCUCCACUUCCUUGAUGCCAUCCUCUGCCAGUAGUGAAACCGCGUCCAAGGUCUGUAAUCUUGGCCUGCAAGCCAGACUAGCCCUCCUAUGCAUGCUUCUUGCAUCAAAGCGGAUGGAGGCAACUUUAUUGCUGUCCUUGUCUGCCACCUCGAUGCCUACCAAGUCCCCUGUGAAGCGCACAAGCUCUGCAUCAGCAAAUCACUUUGCCUCUGUGGGCUCUGUACAGCUCUGUACAGAAGGGACCAAGCUAUGGCCAGCCAUUUUUUGGUGGUGGGAAAAAAAGUGUUUUGCUGAUGUGCUGUUUCUCAAAGAACUCCUGGGCUUGAUGUCGCACAGCUCCACCGUCACCAUCCCCAUGCAUAUACUGUGCAUAUGGGUGCAAGUAGCACUCUCAAUACCCAUGGGUUUACCCAUGCUAAUGCCGUGA